AUGUCAGCGCGGUCGACGUCGGUCUCGGGGCGGUCCUGGUCGGGCGACGAGCGCGCGCCGGCGGACAUCAUCGACCUCGACAAAUUCAUGCGCGGCGCCGUACGACCCUCCCGCCGGCACGACUCCGAAACGAGGCGUGACAAACUGGUGGUGGACGCUGGUGGCGUGGAGCGCAAGAUCGCGGCGGUGGGCAAGCUGGGCAGCUCCGGCGCGCCCACCAGCGUGUCCGGCGCGCCCCUCGUGGUGGCGGGGCCCGCGGCCGUGAUGCCGCGCGGCGAGUACACCAGCAGCAGCCGCUCCACGCUGCCGCCGCCGCAAGCCAAGCGCUUCUCGCACGACUCGGGGCUCUCCGACGGCAGCUAUAAGAAGCGGAAGCAGCGCCCGCUCAGACGCGCAACUGUGAGCGAGGCGAGUCGAAAGACGAAUAGCGCCGCGCGCACCGUCGCCGGUGGAGCCUCCUCGGACUCGCUGCGGGCCUUCCGCGCCGUCUGCGAGAGAGCUCUCCUUGAUCAACAGGUUCAUCUCGAGAUGUUGUGGUUCCCUGGGCAGGUGCAAAUCGCGCGCGUGGCCGAGUUGUGCGAGCGCCUGUCGGAGCGCCAGAAGCCGCCCCCCGCGCCCGCCCCCGCGCCGCCGCCCCCAGCCCCGCACAAGUCCGAGUCCUCGCAGCGCACAACGGACGAGACCUCCAGCACGCAGUCGUCCAGGUCCAGGGACCUGCGGAGGAAGGAAAAACAUCGGAACGAGGAGUGCAAGACAUACAAGAUAAUAAUGAACAAGCUGGACGAGCUGAACCGGCUGUUCGCGUCGCGCGCCGCGUCCCCUCACUUGCGCGCGCCUCCCGCACCGCGCGUCCUGCCCCCCUCCUCUGGCUCCGUGUCCGUCAGCGACAAGCUCGUCAGCACAGAGCCCACACUCCUGUCGCAAUAUGAAGUAACAGUGUCGUCCAUGGCGCAGGUGCCGCGCAACCCGCGCAUGCUGACCAACGCGCGCGCGCCGCUAAGGACUGAGAGGGUGGUGGUGGGCGACAGUGCUGCCACGUUCGGGAGCGGGUGCGAUGCGAGGUGCGGGUUCGACCUAGAGGACCCUAUACACUUAUAUUCUCAAGCUAAAAGGCUACAAGCGUUACCGGUGCUGAAACGACGAGCGCGGAGCGUGGAGCCGGCGCUAGAGCAGCGCUUCUCGGAGCGGUUCGGCGCACACAUCGCCGCGCGCGCCGGGCGCUGCGAGCCGCGCGACACCACGCUCUGCGCGCUGUGUAGGGGGUACUGGCGAACCUUCCGAAAGUAUAUCUCGACGCAGAUAUUUUGCUACCCCAGUGACAACUACUGA